AGCGAAUUGGAGGUCUGAACUUGAAGGUGGCCACCGGCUAGGGACAAACCUCCCGCCCCGCCCCCGCCCCGCCGAGUGGGGAGGGGCGACGGCUACAAUGGAUCCUCCCGCGGGCUUUGUGCGCGCUGCCCGGAAUCCAGCUGUCGCCGCCCCACAGAGCCCCCUGUCCCCAGAGGACGCGCAUUUCCGGGCCGCCCACCACCCGGAUCGGAUCACAUCGGCAGCCGCUGUCCCGGCACAUCCCCGAGACUCCGUGCCCGCGUGUCCCCAGUCACUCCCCGACAUGCCCGUGGACUUCACCGGGUACUGGAAGAUGCUGACCAACGAGAAUUUCGAGGAGUACCUGCGCGCGCUCGAUGUCAAUGUGGCCUUGCGCAAAAUCGCCAACUUGCUGAAACCCGACAAAGAGAUCGUGCAGGAAGGAGACCAUAUGAUCAUUCGCACGCUGAGCACUUUUAGGAACUACAUCAUGGACUUCGAGGUUGGGAAGGAGUUCGAGGAGGAUCUGACAGGCAUAGAUGACCGCAAGUGCAUGACUACGGUGAGCUGGGAUGGGGACAAACUCCAGUGUGUGCAGAAGGGUGAGAAGGAGGGACGUGGCUGGACUCAAUGGAUCGAAGGAGAUGAGCUGCACCUGGAGAUGAGAGUGCAGGGUGUGGUCUGCAAGCAAGUAUUCAAGAAGGUACAUUGAGGCCUGGGCAGAUGACCUUGGCCCUGAGGAAUGAGUGACCUGGAUCUGUGGGCUGGAUCCCCCUCUGUGCAGCAUGGGGCAGAAACGGCCAGCCACCCCCAGGCAACUGUUAGCUGAAUCUGUCUCUCUACUUUAUCUCUUUGUGUUUUCUUAAAAUGAAGCCAUCUCAAUAAAAGUGACCUCUGUUC